CUUGGGUGGCACAAAUUUAGAUGAUGGUACAAAAGGAAUGCUUCCUCAUGGAUUUGGAAGAAGACAACUUUAUGAGUUGCAACAUCUCUAACCACAGUGAAAACAUCCCUCUGAGGGAUGAUUGGUUUAACCCGGGAUUCCUCUAUGUCAUCCCAGUUGUGUAUGGGCUCAUCAUUCUCAUAGGACUGGUUGGCAAUAUUACCCUGAUAAAGAUCUUUUGCACAGUCAAAUCUAUGAGAAAUGUGCCCAACUUGUUCAUCUCCAGCCUGGCUUUGGGAGACUUGCUUCUACUCAUCACAUGCGCUCCGGUGGAUGCUAGCAGGUAUUUGGCAGACAGGUGGCUUUUUGGCAGAAUUGGCUGUAAACUGAUCCCCUUCAUCCAGCUCACUUCGGUUGGGGUAUCAGUCUUUACACUCACAGCUCUCUCUGCAGACAGGUAUAAAGCUAUUGUUCGACCAAUGGAUAUCCAAGCCUCUCAUGCCCUGUUGAAGAUCUGCUUAAAAGCAGCUUUUAUUUGGAUCAUCUCCAUGUUGCUCGCCAUUCCUGAAGCGGUGUUUUCUGAUCUGCACCCAUUUUAUGAGCAGAGCACCAAUCAAACCUUUGUCAGCUGUGCACCAUACCCCCAUUCCAAUGAUCUGCACCCCAAAAUCCAUUCAAUGGCUUCCUUCCUGAUCUUCUACAUUAUUCCCUUGUUCAUCAUUUCUGUGUAUUAUUAUUUCAUUGCCAAGAAUUUGAUCCGGAGUGCUUACAAUUUGCCAGUGGAAGGGAACAUACAUGUCAGAAGACAGAUCGAAUCUCGAAAGCGGCUGGCCAAGACGGUGCUGGUGUUCGUGGCUCUCUUCGCUGUCUGCUGGCUGCCCAACCACAUCAUCUACCUGUAUCGCUCCUACCACUACUCGGAGGUGGACAUCUCCAUGCUGCACUUUGUCACCAGCAUCUGUGCCCGGCUCCUGGCCUUUGCCAACUCCUGCGUCAACCCCUUUGCUCUCUACUUGCUGAGCAAGAGUUUCAGGAAACAAUUCAACUCCCAGUUCUCCUGCUGCCGGCCGGGACUGCUCAGGAGGUCCCAGAGUACCGGCAGGAGCACCACGUGCAUGACCUCACUCAAGAGCACCAAUCAGUCUGUGGCCACCUUCAGCCUCAUCAAUGGCAACCAUAUCUGCCAUGAGGGUUACGUGUAG